AUGAAGGCUACCGGUGUCUUAUUGGUGGUUUCUUUGGCAACCAUUGUUGCUGGACAUGGCUACAUGUGGAAGCCAGAUAGUCGAACAAAGCUAGGAUUUAAGGCCGGCCUGGACACUUGCCCCGAGUGCACUAUCCUGGAACCCGUCGAAUCCUGGCCUGAUCUCGACAGCGCACCGGUCGGCCGCAGUGGACCCUGUGGAUACAAUGCUCGCGUGAGCGUUGACUACAAUCAACCAGGCAGCGACUGGGGCUCUGAUGUGGUGACCACCUACAAAGCGGGUGAGGUAGUUGAUGUCGUGUGGUGCAUUGACCACAAUGGUGACCAUGGAGGCAUGUUCACCUACCGGAUCUGCCAAAACCAGGACAUUGUGGACAAGUUCCUAGACCCGGAUUAUCUUCCCACCGACGAUGAGAAACAGGAAGCCGAAGACUGCUUCAAUAAAGGCCUCCUGGACUGCACCGAUGUGGAUGGACAGACUUGCGACUACAGCCCCGAUUGCGGCGAUGGGGACGCUUGCCACCGCAACGACUGGUUUACGUGCAACGGAUUCGAUGACAGCAAAUGCGCAGGCGUCGACGGCUCCGAAAUGGGUUCCUGUGACACCACGAUCUCCGGCGGCUACACGGUUACCAAGAAGAUCAAAAUCCCUGACUAUGCGUCGAACCACACCCUGCUGUCCUGGAAAUGGAACUCGUUCCAAACUGGCCAGAUUUAUCUGUCCUGUUCAGACAUUGCGAUUCAGUGA